AGUGCAGGGGUCUUCUGAAGAGUCUUGACAGAGAAGCGGAUCGAGGCUCUGAGAGGGAAGCGUCGGUGGCGGCACUCGAUCUGGGGAGAAUCUUCUGCUGACUCACCUUUUCCUGGAAAAAUGGACCAUUCUGCCCACAUGGGGAUGAGCACCCACAUGGGGAUGAGCGAUAUGAACCACAGUACUACCAUGCCACCUUCUCAUCAUCACCCAACCUCUUCAGGCUCCCAUGAGUCCAUGAUGAUGCCUAUGACCUUCUACUUUGGCUUUAAGAAGGUGGAAGUAUUGUUUGCUGGUUUGGUGAUUAAUACAGCUGGAGAAAUGGCUGGAGCUUUUGUGGCGGUGUUUUUACUAGCCAUGUUCUAUGAAGGACUCAAGAUAGCCCGAGAGGGCCUCCUGCGCAAAUCACAAGUCAGCAUUCGGUACAAUUCCAUGCCUGUCCCUGGACCAAAUGGAACUAUCCUUAUGGAGACACACAAAACAGUUGGGCAGCAGAUGCUGAGUUUUCCUCACCUCCUGCAGACAGUGCUGCAUAUCAUCCAGGUGGUCAUCAGCUACUUCCUCAUGCUCAUCUUCAUGACCUACAACGGGUACCUGUGCAUCGCGGUAGCCGCAGGGGCCGGCACAGGGUACUUUCUCUUCAGCUGGAAGAAGGCAGUGGUCGUGGACAUCACAGAGCAUUGCCAUUAACCUCAGACUCCAUGGUGUGGCCUUAUCACUGCUGUGGGAAACAGUUCCAGACUGGAAGACAAGAUUCCUCCACCAGUCUUCGCCUCCUCGUCUCCUUACACUACACCACACUACACCACACACAUACACACACCCCUGCUCGACAGAGGGGUAGCUCUGAGCUAAAAUGGUUUCCUAAUGAGCUGAGUUUCCCAUUUCUCUUCAGGUGAAGCCACCCAGGAGAUGUCCUCUGCUCCCCCAUCAUCUUAGAUCCAAAUUACAUGUUCUUAUCUAACCCAGGUAGCUUUUUAUUUGAUGGCUUGGUCACCUGCUUCCUUUUUUAAUCUGUGUUCCUUUUUUUGACAGACAACAUGUGAAUUGGGGUUUUUCCCAGGUCAGUGAUAGAAAGAGAUGAACUUUAGCCAGGAUUGAUGGCAGGUGAGGAAAAUUCUUGCCCAGCUAAACCCAGAACCCAGAUUUCACAUUAAGAGAUAUCUAUGUCCCAGGUCUUUGGACUCAGUGACUGGGAGAUUGUGCCUUUCCCUAGGUGUGACAUGUUGCACUGAACUGAAAUCUUUGUAGCAGGCAGAGAGGUGGUUUGAGGCUCUAUACAUACAGAACCUGAGCUUGCAAGAGUGUGAAUUCUUGGGUGGCUGACACAUCAGCUUGUGUUCCUACAUUCUGAUUAGACAGAAUUAACUAUUUGUCAUUUUAAAAAAAUGACAAUCCAAUCAAUCAGUAACGAUUUAGUACCUUCUUUUGUCACAGCUGGAUGAAACAAGCAUUUAAGCAUUUUCUCCCAUUAUUUUUUUCAUGUGUAUGCCGCUAAACCAGUGGUUUUCAAACUUUAGCAUGCAUCAAAAUCUCCAAGCCUGGAGAGCUUGUUAAAACCCUGGUUGAUGGGCCUCAACCCAGAGCCCCCAAGUUGGCAUUAACAAGUUCCCAGGUGAUGCUCCUGCUGAUGGUCAGAGGACCAUUCUUUGAGAAUCUCUGCUUUAAAUAAACUAAGGGAGUAUCACGUGGUGGCUAAGCUAUCUGGUACUGGGCCUGGAACUCGACUUGCUAUUAGUAGAUGGUGUAUCUGGGCUUAACUCAUAGAAUAAAUGCUGCUGAAUACUCAAUCAUUCCACAAACAUUUAUUCAGCCCCAUUGGGUUUAUAUGUGCCCAGGCAUACAAAGGGCUGUGGCCAAAGUAAUUUUAUUAGCAUAUGUGAAAUCUUUUUAAAGAACUGUAAUUUCGUGGGAAUAGCUUGAAGGUUGAGAAAGACCUUUGAUCUGCAGUGUAAAUCCGCCAGGAAUAGGUUAGAAGGGCAAAGCCCAGCCCUGUCUUGGGAGAGGCUUAGAGUAUGGUGGACUGAUGGCCAGAUUUUCCUUGGCCCCAACAUCCAGGCCCUCUCACCAGGCAGAUCCCUCAUUUUCUGCAUGACUGUCUUUGUUUUGGGGGCUUAAUUAGGUCACAAGUGGCCAAAAAUACUUUCCUCCAUGAAGAAUCACAUUGGAUUUUUAUUCUGUUCAGUUGUUAGUCUACACUGCAGUCUCGUUCCUAGGCCAACCUACCUCUGUAAAGUGACUUUUCUUGUGCUAGUUUAUUAAAUCUUGCCCUCCUUGGUGCUAGACUCCAAUUGUGCCUCAGGGCAGGAGAAACAAAACAGAGGUAUCUCCUUAGGCCUCUGUUGUGGUUUUGAAGUUUGUACUCU